CUAUUGUCUAAAAGUGAGAAACAUCACCUCAGCAAGUACGGAACGCUGCGGCGUGGAGGGUUAUUCGGUCAAAAAUCCAAGGAACGGACGUACUUUGACUCCGGCGAUUUCGCUCUUUCCGCUGCUGAUCGCGUGACCGACAACGGUGCUAUUAAAACAGGCCGAGCGCAUCCCCGUCGGGACAGUAUUUCGCACCCUUAUGCCCCUAUUCCAGCUACUUGUAACGUUGACAAGGAUGCCAACGAAGAUUCGAAUAGGCAGAGUGCGAGUCCCGAAAGGAGUCCUCUCCUUCAGCAAACAAAUAUCGAAGAUGAACCCACAAAAAAGGAAGGACAGGACAAUUUUAUAUUUCACCAAAAUUGA